UAUUGCUCCUAGCACGAUAUCAUGUAAUAAAGAAUUAUUCAGACUAUAUGAUUUUAGAUUGACACCUAUUCCGUAUGGACGAAAACGCGAAAUGUGGAUCGUCACUUAUGACGUUGGUGUCACCGCAAUGAGCAUGGCUCGCAUGCAGAUUCAAAUGGAAUGCCGCGCCUUCUUCUGUACAUAGAUACUUACCUACUCAGAUAGCUACCAGUAAGGUUAAGAUUGGUGUCACCUCAUAAACAUUGAAAGAACCCGACCAAAUAUUUACGAAACCACGUCCGGGAGACGUAGGUAGGAGAUACUUCUCUUUAAUUUUUAACCUCAAUAUCUCUUACUAGGUAGCUUAUUCGCCUAUUCGUCCAUUCGCUUCUUCGCCUUCUGAAGCUUUCCUCUUUUCGCAGGCUCGAAGCCAGCCUGCAGUUUCUCGUUGUUCGUUGUCUACCUAACUUGAUUAAUCUCACUGUCUUUCUUUCCGUCCUUCCCUCUCUCCGUGCUAGGGUUGCUGCAUGGUUUAACUUGCAGUAUCACUUGCAUUUGAAUAAUGCUCCCGAGAGGAGACUCUUCUUUUUCCAGUCUUCCACUUAGUCAACUACAUCGUUCCCUUGGUUUUUGAUCAUUAUGUUUUGAAUUGAGUCUUGAGCCGGUUGCUUUUGGUGUCUUGGGUGACAUAUUUGCAUCUUCAAUUUCUUGGUCCGCAUUUCUUGGAUCACCAUUCAUCAGCAUCAUGUCUCUUGCCGUCUUGACGACCGAAUCUCCUCGACCUUGUUCACAGAGCGGCUCCGUGCGUAUUGCUGGCAAGACCAAUUGGGCAGCGGCCCUCAAGCUAAAUCGAACCGAUCCGGGCCUGGGCCUUAGCUUCGAAGACACCGAUUUCGUUCGUAAUGAUGGAAAAGACGCUUGGGAUACGUUGGAUAAUAUAGCAGCUCUUGGGUUGACUUUGGAGAAUGAUGAAGAUGAAAUAACACAUUCGACUGGGUUACCUACGUUCUCUCUUGACGAUCUCGAGAACGAUGGGGUUGAGCCUGAGCCGCUGGGCUCUUCUUCGCCGAUAGCGGGUCCAUUUCACAAAUGGAUGAAGAAUCUACAUAAAAGAGCACAUCGUUCAACGACCCAACAUAAUUACAGCCGAUUUGAGUCAUUUCCUGAAUAUUCAGAAACUCCUAUGGGGAACGAUGCUACGUCGUUGAAUAAACACAGGAAAUCAUCUUCUGGGUCAUCUUUUGGAUUUGUCGCCGCUGUCAGAAGUGCGAGUGUAAGUCUUGCUAGCGCCAGCGUGAUAACGCGACCACGGAGACAUACCGGACGAUCAUCACUCCAAGGCAGGUCGGAUAUUAGUAGCAGAAGAUCCACUUCUGGCCAGCGGUAUUCCGAGGAUAGCAUUGGUUUCGAGCGAACGGUAUCUCAUGAUCCGGGGGUCACGGAACGGUUACUUCAAAGACGACGUAUUCUGGAGGAGAUCAUUAACACAGAAGAAAGCUAUAUUGGAGACGUCAAGUUCCUCAUGAACGUCUAUGUCACCAUCUUAGCUUCUCUGCCCUCGCCGCAGUGGGGCCUUCGUUCCUCAAUAAAUCGCAAUUUGACAGAUAUAGUUGAAUUGCACGAAGAGAUUCUUGGCGAGCUUCACCGAGUUGUGCCCAACUCUGAGUAUACGCAGCCUGAGCGUAUCCCAGUUACUCCUAAUCCACCAGCAGCCAAGAAGCAUCAUCGCUGGCGCAGUCUUGAUUCUGUGCCUGAGGACAGAGGGGAGACUUCCUGGCUACAGCAUAUUCCUAGCGUGAUAGCUGAGCCGGCUAUUGCUGCUAAGGUAGCUCAUAUAUUCGGGAAGAGGAUGAAUCGAUUCUUUAUUUAUGAGGAAUAUGGCGCAAAGUAUGAGUUGAUGAUCAAAGAUGUUGCUGCUACUCAUCGAGAGUUACCCCAAUGGGAGACGUAUCAAAAGGGGCUGGAAGCGUUGGCUGCUUCACUAGGUGCCGUCAAUUAUCAUCUCGAUCAUCACAGGAAGUCAUUGACUAUUGGUGACCUCUUAGUCAAACCAAUCCAGAGGAUCUGUAGAUAUCCACUUCUCUUCGCUGAACUUCUCAAGUAUACACCCGUGUGUGAUUGCCCAAGUUCCCAUAUGGACAUUGACAAGGUUCUUAUUCGACUUCGUGAGGCAACUGCUGGGAUCAACCGCGCCACGGAUGAUCCACGAUUGAAGGAUAGAAUGGAACGAACUUGGUUAAUUCAAGAUCGACUCAUAUUUCCCAAUCAAAAGAUGGAUCCUGCUUCGAGAAGCGUUAUUCGUUCAUUCGGACAAGUUCGUCUCUGUGGUGCUCUGCAUGUAUGCUGGCAGACUAAAGACGGCGUAGAUGGUACAUACAUGGUUGCGAUCCUCUACAGAGACUGCCUAUGCCUUGCCAGCGCUAGCGGAGCGGAGCCAGUCUAUACAAUCCAAGCUUGUAUAAGUCUCGCCGAUAUCAAGAUUGAAACGAUAGAUAAUGGCCGAGGUCUCCAAUGUCACACAGCGCCUUUCUCUUGGAAGCUCGUUUUUGAAUGUGACCACCAGCUCUACGAAAUCAUCAUGACAGCCUGCAAUGCAAAGGAGGAAGAGCAAUGGCGCCAUCACAUUUUGCAUUACACUCCAACUGAACCAUAUGGAUUAUCAGAACCUAUAUUCUAUAGCUCGAUCUUUCUCAACAUAAAAAGUCUUGGAACAAUUUUUGGAAAGCCAGGCACCAUUGCUCGUCGUCUUUCCAUUCAUAGGGCCACCACGGUUGGCCCAAAAUCACCAUUAUAUCAAGUUAUACUCAAGAACACAUGUACAGUGAGAGAUACUACGUCGGUAGCAUCUACCACUCAAAUCAACCGUUCGCAAUCACUCUUGACAACAAAUUCACGUAUCCCAGUUCUUGCUCCUCCUAGAGCAGAUCGGGCUCGUGUUGAGGCUCUCUUGUCAGAUGUUUGGAGCCGCAAAGUGUUGCCUUUCCCUGGCAUAGCAAGCCGUUCGAGAAGCGAGCACAUCGUCCGUAACUCGGCAUCAACCGUUAUGAGAAAGCUGAGCGUCGCAAGCAUCACUAGCACUUUUGCGAAGCGCUCUAUAAGCACUACCAGCGUAGCGAGGUUAAAUGAAGAUGAGCUUCCACAUAUCAACGGUCUUGUUCAUCUUAACCAUGACAAUAUAACGGUUGGGUCUAUUAGGACCGACACAUCCGAUGCAGAUGUCAAGUCAAGACUCCCUAUAAUUCGGGAUGAAACCGAACUUGCUAGCAGUAUUAGUCCAAGUAUUACCUCCACAACUGGUACUCGGAGGCAGUCUGGGGCGGCGAAAAAGGACGACCCUUUAAAACUUGAUUUAGAAUGGAUAGGAGAAAGGGGCACGAGCACUCCAACUCCAACUCCAACUUCACGGUUGUCGCCGCUGAAUAGUGUCCGUCGAAAGAGGCAGACAUCCUUCUCAGCUAGAUCGUCGCCGUCCUCUACCGAAGACGACGAAAAUAUAUACCAUGGACUCGGGAUGAAGCAUCGUUUACAUGAAACAUUAACUAAUGUUAGGCCUUCAAGCAAGUGGGCAAAAGUAGGAGGCAUCAACAGGGGUUUGAUGGCGUCCAGCAUUCGCAGUUUCUUUAGAUGAGGGAAGGCAACUUCAGCAUUAUAUUACAUUGCACGGAUUGGGUAUAGAUACAUACGGUUUGGACUGGUUCUGGCUUAGGAUUAUACCAUUCUUUUGUUAUUUCUUAUUUCGCGAUGAGACCGGAACGGCACCAAAUU